AUGUCGGCUUCGCACGGACAGAAGGUCACUACCGACCCCGCAUCCAAGAUUCCUAUCAAUGAAGGUGUUGGCACCGUAACUUCAGACUCUCUAGCAGGCGAGUCUCUGAAGAACUCUGGCUCCUUUGGCGAGGGCAACCCUAAGGCUGCAGCAAGUAAGCAGCCAUCCUCAUCAACCACCACGAACACCACCGACGCUACCAACGCCACUAAGCUCGAUGCCGCUGUUAACGCCGAGGCGCGCGACGCACAAGAAGGAUGGAACGAGGAGAAGAUCAUGAGCUCAGGCAAGGGUCUGAGCGGUGCUUCAUCAGGAGGUGCGGCUGGCACAGCACCAACCGGUCUUGCUGCUGGAAAGAAUGUCGACCCAAGCGUCCUUCAGCCCAAGGGCGCCAACUUGACAGAAGAUCCCAACAUGAGCGGCAACACCAAGUUUGGUGAGAUCGGUACAAAAGACGACCCUGCUAGGCAGGCAGAGCUCGACCUCUCCAAGAAGACUGCAGCUAUGCCCACCAUGAACGGCUACGGCGACCAUGGGCACGAGGAGGACCCGUUCGGGCCAGCAAAGGGUGGAAUCGUAUCAAGUUUCGAUGCAUUCCCGAAAACAAAAAAGACAUACCUCGUCCAAGGUCGCAACUCCUCCGCAUGGACAGUAACGCUUAUAUUGACAUGCAUCUACCUCUCCUGGUCCGAGAUAUCGCGCUGGUUCGCUGGCACAACCUCGCAGUCAUUCGCCGUCGAGAAGGGCGUAUCCCACGACAUGCAACUGAACCUCGACGUGAUAGUAGCCAUGCGCUGCGCUGAUCUUCACGUCAAUAUGCAAGAUGCUGCUGGUGAUCGCACCCUCGCCGGCGAACUCCUGCGCAAGGACCCAACAUCAUGGUCGCAAUGGACUGGCAAGAACAUUGAGAGUGGAACGCACGAAUUGGGCAAAGAAAGCGGCAAACAGGCGCCUGGGUGGGAAGAGCUUUGGGAUGUCCACGAGCAGUUAGGCAAGGCGCGGAAGAGGAAGUUCAGCAAGACACCCCGGGUGCGCGGUCAGACUGACAGUUGCCGUAUCUACGGAAGUCUGAUCGGAAACAAGGUCCAAGGUGACUUCCACAUCACAGCGAGAGGCCAUGGAUACAUGGAGUUUGGAGAACAUCUAGACCAUUCCUCAUUCAACUUCUCUCAUAUCAUCCGCGAAAUGUCUUUUGGCCCGUACUAUCCCUCUCUCGUCAACCCCCUCGACUCCACUAUCGCUGUAACACCAACACCGGAUGAUAAGUUCUACAAGUUUCAGUACUACAUCUCUAUCGUGCCCACCAUCUACACUGAUGACGCUUCGAUGAUUCCUCUCCUCCAAGCAAUCACGUCCACACAGGACCACCCUGCCUCAAACAUCUUCCACACCACGCACGCCAUCAAGACCAACCAAUACGCUGUUACUUCACAGUCUCACAAAGUACCAGAGACCUACGUACCCGGCGUGUUCGUUAAAUUCGAUAUCGAGCCGAUUAUGCUGGCCGUGGUAGAAGAGUCGGGAGGCUUCUGGAGGUUGAUUGUCAGGCUGGUUAACGUAGUGAGUGGCGUUAUGGUAGCUGGAAGCUGGGCAUGGCAGAUGUUUGAUUGGGGAAGUGAAGUUCUGGGUAAGAGGAGGAGAAGAGGCGAUGGCGUUGGUGUGCUCGGGACACCGUCUGUGGAAAAGAAGAGCUGGGAUUAA